AUGUCGACCGAGACCUUUCCUCAAGCACCAAGGGCUAUAAUUCAACUUGACUUGGACUAUUUCUAUGCUCAAGCUGAGGAAGUCAAAGACCCAACCUUGAAGGAAAAGCCACUGGCUAUUCAACAAAAACAUAUCGUCGUUACUUGCAACUAUGUUGCCCGUCGAUAUGGCAUCGGGAAGCUGGCUCUCCUGGCGGAUGCGUUCAAGCUCUGUCCGGAAUUAGUCAUCCGCGACGGCUCGGAUAUUUCGCAUUAUCGUCGUGUCUCGCGCCAGAUUUUCGAGUUUGUUAAGCAUUUGUUGAACGGCGAUAACAUCGACCACGAGGGAACCAACUGGCCGGUGAAGAUUGAGAGGCUGGGAAUGGACGAGCUUUUCUUGGACGUCACGGACAUCAUCGGCAAACAUUGCGCCAAUAUUCCACGUCCAGAGGGCGAGCAGAUGACGUCUUUCAAACUUCCGAGCGGCGAAGUCUUUCAAUAUGACGAGAAAGUCUGGGAUGGGCACGUUAUCGGCAGUGAACUGCACGAGCCGAGCUUCACUCAGCAUCUUCAGGUUGUACGCAUUGCGAGUCACUUAGCGGCCUUUGUUCGACUCCGAAUCAAGCAGGAGACGGGCUUCACGUCGUCCGCUGGGAUAUCUUACAACAAGAUGAUGAGCAAACUAUGUGCUGGGGCGAAGAAACCAAAUGCACAGACGACCUUGAUCGCGGGACCCGGCGCGGAGGAUUUCCUGGGAUCCAUGAGUCUACGCAAAAUACCAGGCAUCGGGCGCGUGGUACGGAAGAGAAUAGAGACAGACCUGACGACCAUGUUAGCGGAACAGGAGGCUGAACGUCGCGAUGCAAAGCGGGCCGAAUUCGGAAUGCUGUCUGACUAUGUGGACGCUACUCCCGGCGACGAAGGCAUUUGUGGAACGGCUGGAGACCCGUCCAUGGCGAAACCGCCCACGUUCACAGUUGGUCUCGUUCGGAAGUACCUCUCACUUGAACAUUUAGAGAGGACCUUAGUAACGAAAACAGCUGGGGAAGUGUGGGCCCUUUUGCAUGGCUUCGACAAUUCUCAAGUCGUCAGCACGGGCCUUCCCUCGCAGAUCAGCAUAGAAGACUCGUUUCCACAUUGCGCGACCGAAGGCGAAGUCGAGGCCCGAUUACUCUCGCUGACGACAGACUUUAUCGGCCGUAUGGAGGAGGAAGAGUGGAUACCCAAUACCUCUCGUUGGAGAAGACACGCAAAGACCCUCCGGCUGACCAUUCGAAGGAGGCAGAAAGGAAACGUCCGGGCGUGGAUGGAUGACCGUGAGAGUCGCUCUGUACCCAUGCCGGUAGAGGUGUGGGACGCCCGUGCCGAACACAAAGAGAGGGCGAGAAGCGUAGUCACCAAUUCUUUGAUGCCCUUGUUUAGGAAGAUGUGCAACGGGGAGCCGUUCGACUUGACGCUGCUCAACAUCGCAGCCGUGAACUUUGAGAAAGGCGAAGUGGAUCGCGAUAUCCGUGGUUUCUUUGGUGGUGAGGCUUCCGUGGAUGCAAACCCUGCCUCGGGAACAGUUGGGGCAGCCAAGAUGGAUGAUGCGCCGUCAACUGAGCUUCGAUCAUCCCACCCGAGAAAUGGAUCCGCCUUGGAAGACUUAGAUCCGGAUGUCUUGAACGAGCUCCCAGACGACAUUCGGAACGAAAUUAUGGCUUCCAUGUCCCCAGCUGUUGGACUGCCUCCAUACAUACUGCCGCGCAAACCCGCCGACAAGGGCAAAAAGCGCGUGGGUAAUGGAAUAAACGCAAAGGGGCAGAAGAAAGCAAAACCAUCGGACGGACCCUUGCAUCGAAUGUGGCGCCAGGGUCUUGCGUCUGCACAGUCGGCUGUUGCCGACUCUUUCCCUCAGCCGGUGUCGGAAGUAGCUGCUCCUCUCGGCCAGGAAAAACUACGGCGUAAUGGGAAGGGCUCUGCGGAGGUGGGGCAUGAAAUUCCAUCGGACGGCACGGCGGGGCUGCAGCAAGAAGCAGAUGGGGAGGAGGGGUUCGAAUGUCCGCAAUGCAAGCAGGUCUUGUAUGUGUGGUCCGUCGAGAGCCACGCCCGAUCGCAUGAGGGGGCGAGCUGA